AUGGCAGCAAAUAUUAGUGUUUAUCACGCGCACCCAGGCACCACACGCAUGGACGAGUCCCCGUACGGCAUAACAGCACGGCAGCGCAAGAAAUGGCGGCAGUUAUGGCACCUCGCCACUACCCACCGGGAUAUUCCCGGCCAGCCGCAGGACGAGGACACAGCAUGGCGUAUGACCCCGAUCGAAGGGCCGGGACCGAUAGCAGGGCCCGGAGACUUAUCCCCGAUCUUAUCGCGCGUGAUCAAGGUGGCGCGCUUUAUAAUCGUCCAGAAAGCGCUUUGGUUGGAUCCGAAUCCGGAGGAGAUUAUCGCGGUGUGGCAGAAGAAGAGUAACUGCGCGCAGUAUCCCAUCGUCGCCCCCACAUCGCCCAUUACCAGCAGUAAUCCCCAACCGAUAGUGAAUAUCCGCCGGCAGAAUCGCGGGAAAACAUUCCAGGAGCACGUGGAGUGGAUGGUGCAGCGGUUUAUAGUGCAUGGCACCCACAGCCCAAUACAAACGUUGCAGGAUUGGCGCACCGCCCGGGCACAUUACAUAAAACCAUGGCGACGAGCUCGGAUACAAGCAUAUCACAUUUACCAGGGGCGAUUUCUGCGGAUUUGUCCAUGGAUUGGUCGGGGCCACACGCCAGAUAUUGUGCGAGAUACUGUGCGUGACGGCGCGGGAAGAUAUUCCCAGUAUUCUAUGGCACGCGAUCUACGACGACCCCAUGCAGGCCACGGUGGGAUAGAAUUUUUGCGGGAUCAGCGCACGCAAUGGCCGGUGGGGCCCAAAUGGAUGAUCGGCUGGUUGCGGGCCGAGCCGGCCAUGCAGAAGGAGUUUACUGUCCAGCGCCAAGCCCGACGGCUGCAUAUGCCAAAGGUGGCGCAGUAUCUAGAGCGCGUGGCAUGA